AGAGAGAGAGAGAGAGAGAGAGAGAGAUCGCCAGCUACGCCUUCCUCCCAGCUCCAGGAGGCCCUGGACAGCGCUCAUUCCGGAACUGUGGAACAGGAGUCGGGGAGGCCAGGCAGCCCGGCCUGGCCCGUCCGCGGACAACAGAGGCCCCGUAGCCCGGCCCCACUCCUGGCGGGCUACAGAGCGCUGGGAGCGCACAGAGUGGGGGAGCUGUCCAGUUCAGCACCACGGCGACGCAGUAGGUGGGCGCUCCUGCUCCGAGAGCUGUCCAGUCCAGCACCGCGGCGAUGCUGUAGGUGAGAGCGCCCUGUCUCGGGGAGCUGUCCAGUUCAGCACCACGGCGAUGCAGUAAGUGGAAGAGCCAGGCCGGGGUGAGCUGUCCGUUUCAGCACCACGGCGAUGCUGUAGCUGGGAGCGCCUGGCCCGGGGCUGCGCGGCCGCGAGCGGGGGAGGCGGGCGGGCCUGCCUGCUGCAAGACGCCGGCUAGCGCGCCCCAUCGCUCUCUCGCUCGCUGGCUUCCAAGGAGCUUUGCGGAUCGGGGGAGGGAACCCCGCCUCGAUUCUCCGGGAGAAACCCCCUCCCUCCCCCACUUCGCCGACACUACCCCCGCCGCCAACAACAAUAACCGCGGCUGCUCGUCCUGCCGCCACCGCGCCCGCCAACCCUGCUGCCGCCGCCGCCGCCGCCGCCGCUGCCGCCGCCGCCGCCGGGGCACAACCAUGGGAGGCGAGACCCCCUCACCGGUGCAGCUGAGCUCGAGGGCUUGCAGAAGACUGGGCAGUCUCCUCUGAAACGGAGGCACCCCGAGGACCCCCUCCCUCCCCAAGGAAGAGAACUGGCGAAGCCACGGAUUUUCAUGGCGCAGGCCGCAGAGCCGCGAACGAAGACCGAAGGUUGCUUCCCAGCUCUUCCAGUCUCUAACUGUCUAGGUCCGGACCAUGAGAGAUGGUGUUGAGAAUUCGGCUGUACCCUGGCGCGCUGUGGAAGCCAUCUCCAAAUUAGCGAUCACAUAUGGAAACUGGAGACCAGAAUUUUAGGAAAAGAGAUUAAGGCAUCUCACUUGGGGGGGGUGGGGGGUGUCUUUUUAUUUAUUUUCCCUUUUUUAAAAAAAAUCGCUGCAACUGGAACAGUUUUUUGAUCUCAAAAGCUUGAUGACCAUCGCUGUGGGAACCGACUAUUGGCUGUACUCCAGAGGGGUUUGCAAGACCAAAAGUGUCAGUGAGAAUGAAACCAGCAAAAAGAACGAGGAAGUUAUGACCCAUUCCGGAUUAUGGAGAACCUGCUGCCUCGAAGGGAACUUCAAAGGUCUGUGCAAGCAAAUCGACCACUUUCCCGAAGACGCGGACUACGAGGCUGACACCGCAGAGUAUUUCCUCAGGGCCGUGAGGGCCUCGAGUAUCUUCCCAAUCCUGAGUGUGAUCCUGCUCUUCAUGGGUGGUCUCUGCAUCGCUGCAAGCGAGUUUUACAAGACACGUCACAACAUCAUCCUGAGCGCUGGCAUCUUCUUCGUGUCUGCAGGUCUAAGUAAUAUUAUCGGGAUCAUCGUGUAUAUAUCAGCCAAUGCUGGAGACCCCUCCAAGAGUGACUCCAAAAAGAACAGCUACUCCUACGGCUGGUCCUUCUACUUCGGGGCCCUGUCCUUCAUCAUCGCCGAGAUGGUCGGGGUGCUGGCCGUGCACAUGUUUAUCGACCGCCACAAACAGCUGCGGGCCACGGCCCGUGCCACCGACUACCUCCAGGCCUCCGCCAUCACCCGCAUCCCCAGCUACCGCUACCGCUACCAGCGCCGCAGCCGCUCCAGCUCGCGCUCCACCGAGCCCUCUCACUCCAGGGACGCCUCGCCCGUGGGCGUGAAGGGCUUCAACACCCUGCCGUCCACGGAGAUCUCCAUGUACACCCUCAGUAGGGACCCCCUGAAGGCUGCCACCACGCCCACCGCCACCUACAACUCGGACAGGGAUAACAGCUUUCUCCAGGUCCACAACUGUAUCCAGAAGGACAGCAAGGACUCUCUCCACGCCAACACAGCCAACCGCCGGACCACGCCCGUAUGAAGACCGUGGGACGGGGAACCCCCGGGAGGCUUGGCCCGCGGGCGGGGGAGGGACCACAGCAGCCACGGGGAGACCUUCCAUACGCAAAAACAAAAAACAAAAAAAAAAAACAAAAAAAAAACAAAACAAAAAACAAACAACAAACAAGCAAACGAACGAACAACCAACAAACAAAACAAAAAACAACAAAAAAAGAGAAAAACAUAGUAAGUAAAUUUAAAAAAAAAAAAGAACAAACUACAAGAAGAACAAAAUCAAAACCACUGGCUAUGCGGGGAAAAUAUAACCGAGGGAAGACAAACUUUAAACAAAGCAAGAGGGAUAAAAUUAAAAUAGAAAAUAAAUCUAAAAGAAAAUGCAUGAUUUCCCAUGUACCAUUAUUUUAACAUUUAAUAAAAACCAAUUUAAAUGAAAAAAAAUAAAAGGGAACCAAGAUAAUGUAAAGCAAAAAAACAAAAAACAACAAAAAAAAACUUUAAAAAAACAAAAAAAAUGAGGAAAGCAAGAGAGUAUUUAUUAGGGUUUUAUGUUGCCUUUUUUGUUUCUGUUUUUUGUUUUAACUGCAGGGAGAGUUUAAAAAUAAAUAAAUAAAUAAAUUUAAAACGCGUUCUUUUCCCUUUAACCCCAGCGGGCCCUGCCUCCCGGGGAGAGUAGGGGGUAGAGACUCAGGGCCCCCAGGGCCAGGGGAGCAAUGGUCACUGCCAAGCCCCUGGAUCUCUGGCUGGACCCUGGGAUGCUGGAGAAGUUCAAUGGCUUUGCGGCCAACUCUAUCCAGCACUAAUGGGGCAGUUGCAGGCCUCCAGGUGACCCAAGCCCUUGGUCCGCCCCUAUCCGUUAGGUGCCUGGAGGUGGUGCACUUGGGGCUUCCCCGGGGCCCCAGGUUCCCAGUCCUUAAUGGUCCUUAACCCACUGUGAUGACUUCCUAGGCCUUGUGGAAAGGGAAGGAGAAGGAAUGGCUGCUAGUGGCUCACAGAGAAGCCAGACCCCUGGAAUCCUCAGGGGGAGCCUUCGGUGGGGCCAGUAACCCCGAGGUCCUGUCCUUGGAGGCAGGAGACACCCACCCCCAGGGGAUAUAGAGCAGCCCUCCCUCCUCACCCCUCACCUCAGGGCCACUAGAUGACCCUGGGGUGAUGGUGGACCCCCACAUUCACAGGCCCCCGGCCCCCUGGGAAGGGGGCUCUUUGACCCUUUGGGGGUCCGUGGACUCACUGAUGCCCCCCUGGGGGCCCGGGGAGUCCAACAAUGACAUUGCAAAAAGGUUUCUUUUUACAAAAGAAAAAGGAAAAAACAAGUGGUGAUUUUUUUUUAAAUAAAAAAACCACAGACUAUAAAUAAAUGUAAAUAUAUAAUAAGUGAAUUUACUUGCAAGAAAAUCAAGUAGUAUUUUUUUCUUUUGAUUCUUUUCCAGCUUUAAACUGUGAAAACAAAAAUCGGGGUGGGGUGGGGGACUUAAAAUUUAGCAGGGAACUUGUAAAGACAAAACAAAACAAAACAAAACAAAUAUAGAAACCAUUAAAACAAACAAACAAAAUCCAUUGGGAGAGAUGUGAGCUGGGCACAGAGCCAGAGGGAAAGGAGAAAGGCCCCUACAUCUUCCUUGGGACUGGAGAAAGAGUCUCUUUUGCCUGCAGGGAGGUGCUGUUGAUGGAGAGAGGAGACACACACACACACACACACACACACACACACACACACACACACACACACUCUUCUUCCUACAGUCACACCCACAGCCACUGCCCCCUAGGCUCAGUCCUGCAGUCACAGCCCAAGUUCACCGCUCUAUGAAAACCAUUCCCAUUCAACACACAGUCAGGAGUGUGGCUCAGUGGCAGCUGACCUGUGCCCCAAAGCCAUGGAAACCAGCCCAACUCUAUUGCUGGCCUUUGUGCUCCUGCGUGCCCCCUACCCCCAUACCUUGCAUAUGUGUGGAUGCACCACAUUCUUGUACCUGGAAGGGCUCCAAUCUGUAGUCUAGACGUCAUGGCUGUGUGGCCUCUCUGGGCCUCAGCUUCCCACUGUGUCACCUUGUGGACACACAGACUUGAGCUCCAAAGGGCUCAUUCUUAUCUUUUGUGUCUGUGUGUGACUUUUAAGAUCUGCCACCAGACCAGCUCAGCGGAAAAUGGCCAGGAGCAAUCAAAGCAGUCCGGAUAGCAUUAAGAACAUUUCUAAAUUUCUCUCUCUCUCUCUCUCUCUCUCUCUCUCUCUCUCUCUCUCUCUCUCACACACACACACACACACACACACACACACACACACCAUGUGCCUCCUCACUGUGUUCCCCAGACCCCAACCCCACAUCCAGUGUCAAAGCAAAAAUUCACACACGAGAACAACCUACCCUGCCAUGCAGACAGAGGGAGAUGCGCAGUUCCAAAAGUCCUCAGCACGCCUUCCCUUUCUGAGUGAGUGGGGGAGGGAGGCGUCUUUGAGAGACUAUCUCCUGCUAUCUUUGAGGUCAGUGAAAAAGCAGGCCUUCUUGGAUGGAAGAUCUCCCUGUGUGGAAGAAAUGUUUGCAGAAUACUCUCCAGAGCAAGUACCAACCGGGUCAGGCCUGCGCCCCAGAGUGAGUUGAGGGAGCGCUCAGGUUUCCCCUUUCCCUUCCCCAGAGUGGCAAGGGCCAGAUCAGACAAAUGAGAACCAGGCUAAGCAUUUCCUAGCAACCUCGCCCCUCCCCCAACUCCAUGUGAGAGCCCUGCUCCUCCAGCAUUAACCGGCCUCCUGCCUGUCUUUGCUACCCUGACACCGGCCUGCUCUGAAGGUUCUCUGCUGGAACUCUCUGGGAACUGGAGGGCAUGCUGAGGAAGGCUCUAUAGCUUCCUGUCUUGUGUCUGGAAGAGGAACCUUCUCUUCCCAGGUCAGCUGCAAGACAGACCACCUGCUAGGCCAGCCCAGAAGUUCAGGGAGGCCUUGGACCCCAUGGCUCAGAUAUGCGGACCAGUUAACGUGCAGGGAGAUCAGAGCAUCUUCCAAACUGGGCAGAAAAACAGCACCUUGUCCUUCCUCAGCCCUGCCCAAGGCCCAGCAGAUUCCAAACCAUAACAGAUAAAGGCCUAGAGACACAGGGAAAGGUCCUACAAGCACCUCUCUGUGGAGAGCUCUCUAUGCUCUGGUCAAGUACUUGGACUUCUUCCCAGGAAGUGAGACCUGGGGUCAGGUCACCCAAACAAGACUCGUGGGUGAGAGGUAAUGUCAGUGUGGCUGACCAAGAAAGGGCUAAGGGGACUGGGGGGAAGGGGCAGUGCUUCCAGUGGUGACUGACAGCUCAUGCCAGCUCUGAUCAAGUCAAAAAACAAAAAAAAACAAAAAAACAAAAAAAAAAAAACAAACCAACUUCCAUUUUAUUUUCUUGGCGGGUUCUCUUUUUUUCCAGACUGUUAACAGAAAAAAAAAAUUUUAAAAAGAAGAAACCUAAAAACAAAACAAAACGACGAGAAAACAAAAUCCUGGUACAUGAAAUAAAGAUUUUUUUUUUAUAGCCUG